CCCCACCGUGCUCAGCUCAUGUUACUAUUUUAUGAUUCGCGGCCACCGCUAAGCCCUACACACUUCAGAAUAUUCGACAUAGGAAAACAUUGUCAAUCUACACGCGCCUUCUCACAAUUGAUAUCUUCGAUCGACAGAUAUCACCUAUCAAGAGAUAAACCGUGGCCGACUAUAUCUUCAUCGUCAAAAGAUAUUCUCAAGCUUUCCGAAGAUGUCGCAUGAACCGUUUCGAGUGCUUAUUGCUGGCGGGGGCAUAGCCGGUCUGACGCUGGCUAUCAUGCUGGAGCGCUUCGAUAUCGACUAUUUGCUUUUUGAAGCUUAUGGCGACAUUGCACCAGCGGCAGGAGCAAGCAUUGGGUUGUUUCCAAACGGACUACGGAUUCUCGAUCAGAUUGAUUGUUAUGAGCCACUCAAAAAAUUGAUUGAGCCCUUGGAUGAUCGGAUAUAUACCCGCGAUGAGAAUGGGAAACCCAUUACGACGCUGAAAGGGUUGCCGAAGCGGCUAGAACAGAGACACGGUUAUCCACUGAUGUUUUUCGACCGCCAAUGGCUACUGCAAGUUCUUUACGACCAGUUAAAAGACAAAAAGAAGAUAUUAAUCAACCAGAAGGUGAAGAAUAUCAGCCUGAUUGAUAGUGCGGUUGAGGUGACCUGUGGGAGCGGACAGACUUUCCGUGGAUCGAUCGUUGUCGGCGCUGAUGGGGUACAUAGUGCUGUCAGGAAAGAAAUGCAUCGAAUCGGAAAUCAGUUGGAGCCAGGAUACUUCCCCCACAAGGAAGAUGAUAAGAUCCCCUGCUAUUAUGUUUGUAGCUAUGGGAUCGCUCAGGAUGUUCCCGGCUGGGUCCAUGGCGAUGCAGCACAGGUCCUCGGCAAAGGCCACUCCCAAUUAGUGGUGUCGGGUCCACGACACCGCGUCUACUGGUUUUUCUUCUCGCGACUCCCAGAACCAAGAUACGGUGGAGAUAUACCAGUACUCACCAGAGACGACGAGGAGAAUUUCAUCGAACGAUAUGCCGAUACAGCCAUCACCGAAGAUGUGACAUUUGGACAGUUGUACGCAAAACGUCUGACAUCUACCCUGACACCUUUGCACGAGUUUGUUUGCAAGAAAUGGUUCUUCAAUAGGAUAAUUGUACUUGGUGAUUCGGCACAUAAGGCAAAUCCCAUCGGGGGCCAGGGCGGCAAUAGCGCCAUUGAAUCUGCUACCGAGCUUGUAAAUGCCCUUCUUGAGAAGAGAGCCAGCCAUACCAAGGGCUUGACGAAUUUGAACGACGUGGAUGUCAUUGAAAUUUUGCGAAACACAGAAAUCGCACGACAUGAUAGGGCGGAGUGGGUGGUUACCUCCUCGCAUCAGCAGCAAUCACUUAUGGCUUCCGAGAAACGCAUUCUAUCGAAGAUCUUUUGGAGCUUCCUGAUACGUCUAAAAGGCAAUGAAGCGGUUAUCGACAUCUUCAGCCAGAGCUUUAUUUCAGCCUCUAGGUUAAAAGCACUUCCAUUGAAGAAGCGGCCUCGAUCUAUUCCCUACGAGGACGAGCUGCCUGCACGUCCAGUCAAGACAUGGAAGGUUUUAGACAUCACCGUUUUCGGAUUUUUGGGCUGGCUUUUGGUUGCAUGGAUCCGCAACCAGACUUCCGAAAUUUCCAGUACCCACAUAGGCUCCAGGAGUCCGGCGCAUCAACUCUAUGUUAUCUCUCAAAUUAUCCCGUCUAUGCUCAUUCCAAUAGUUGAGAGUUAUCGGUCUGGUAAUGAAGGGUCUCCUCUUGCUCUACCGAGCGUAUUUCUUCUCGCUAUGUGGCAAUACGGAGCUACGCCAGUUGUUGCUGUUUAUAUGAUCUCUCACGCGUUGCUGUCGUUUGACUCGCUGGCGGGUAGACAUAUUCAGCUCGAUGUAGUCCAAAUACUGUCUACGGGGACUAGAAUUGGCUAUGUGCUGCUUGCAUUAUUGGCGGCAGUCGUUGUGUGGGUUUGUGAUUCCGGAAGUAUCAGUGGAAGAUUGAUCUACCUCGCGCCAUUGGCUCUAUGUGCGCUGACCUACACAUCCAAGGCGGUGUUGAGUUUUCGAAAUGAAGGUCAAACACCGCAAAGUGAGAAAAAUGCUGCUUCCAUGGAGCAAUACCGAAACCAAGACAUGCCCUACUUGAGGAGAAUGUACGUCGAUGCGAUGGUUAUACAAGCAACCGUUCACGUUGGUACCCUCAUAUACACAUUCGGUCCCCUAUCGAAUCCGGUUCCUAUUUGUCAUUGUUUUGACAAGAAGAUGUUUGAUACCAACCUCGUCGUCACGGCAGCUGCUUGUCUACUGAUGAGUCUGUAUACGGUCUGGAGCCUUCGACGAUUGGGUUAUGUCACAACGUGGGAGUAUGUUGUUGCGUUACUAGCUUCAUUGAUUGGGGAGGUUUUGGUAGGACCUGGAGCAGUUUUGAUAGGCUUGUGGAGUUGGCGGGAGGAUGUUUUAGUCCGCCUUGGCACAUGGUAA